AUUCAUAAGCCCUGCGUAGAGAGAGCUCAAUUUUGACUCAGACAAGUAUAAGAGAGAAACGCAAAACACAGGGGGAAAAAACAAAGGCGACGGCAAACGAGAGAAAUGGAUCCAGACUCUGUGGCGAAGGCAUUCGUGGAGCACUACUAUUCGACGUUCGACGCGAAUCGGGCCGGGCUUGCUAACCUGUACCAGGACGGGUCGAUGCUGACUUUCGAGGGCCAGAAAAUCAUGGGAUCUCAAAACAUCGUGGCUAAACUCACCGGUUUGCCGUUCCAGCAGUGCCAGCAUCAGAUCAGUACUGUUGAUUGCCAGCCAUCUGGUCCUGCCGGCGGUAUGCUUGUUUUCGUCUCCGGUAAUCUCCAGCUCGCCGGCGAACAGCACGCGCUCAAGUUCAGUCAGAUGUUCCAGUUGAUGCCAACACCGCAAGGAAGCUUCUAUGUGCUAAAUGACAUUUUCCGCCUGAACUAUGCAUGAUGUCUCUAUUGAAAUUAAAGCUGGAGGUUGAAUGAACUGUUGACUGUUCUGCCUUUGAACUCUGUAUUCCAAAGUAAAAAAACAAAAAAAAAAUAUUGCUGUUAGGGUCCGAAAAAGUUUGGGUUUAGAUUCAUCUGCUUGGCUGUUUGUGCAUUCUUUUUGCCAGUUAUUGUGAAGGUUUCAGAGUAAUUCCCAAUUGAUAGACGAAUUUCAUUUUAUCAACUCUCUAAAGCCUGUAAUGGAAGUUUAAUCGUACGAAUUGUGAUGUACGGGUUCUCGUUUAGUCUCAUUCUUAUGCUGAUCAC